AUGGCAGGACGUGGAGAUGGUGCCGCUGUUUCGGUGGAGGAAUUUCAGGAGUUGCGUACACAAAUGAAUGAUUUGGUGCAGCAGCUCCAAACUCUCCAAUUGAACAUACCACAUCGAGAACCGCCACCAAAUGAGGAUGAUGAUAUUGACGAGGAGGAUGAGCCACCGCGUCGUCCCGCUGGUCGUGGACGUGGCGGGCGUGGUCAUGGUCUUCUUAAUUUUGGUCGUGCUCGGCACAUUCCUGUUCGAGGUGGACGAGAUUAUGAUGGUGAUGAUGAUAUGUUGUCUGACAUGGAUGAUCAUCGCCAUGGUGGCCAUCGUGGUUAUCGUGACCGCCACCGUCGCCUUGAUGAUGAUGGUUUAAGCAAAGUGAAAGUGUCUAUUCCAAAAUUUAAUGGAAAAGAAAGUGCUGAUGAUUAUUUUGAGUGGGAGACUAAGGUUGAACAGAUCUUUGAUUUGUAUCCUUAUCCUCCUGUCAAGAAAGCAAAGCUUGCUGCAAUUGAGUUUUCAGGCUAUGCAAUCACUUGGUGGAAUCAACUAAAACGUCUUGUGCAAGGUACUCGUACUGUUGAUGAAUAUUUUCAAGAAUUGGAAAUGUGUUUACUUCGUACAGGGAUAACUGAAGAUGAGGAAUCCACAAUGGCUCGAUUUCUGGUUGGCCUCAAUAAGCCCAUUGCUGAUAAAGUGGAUACGACAAACUACACAUGUCUCACUGAGUUGGUACAUUUUGCAAAAAGGGCAGAACGACAACUUGCUGGAUCUUAUAAAGAUCGUGCUUCAUUUUCAGCUCAUAAUAGUGCUACUUCAUGGCGCCAGUCACAGCAGCACGGGUCAGGGGUGCACACACCUACAUCUCGUGCAACUUCUUCCAAACAUUUUGAUUCCAAAGGCAAAGCUGUAAGCUCUACUCAGUCCAGCUCCUCUGCUACUGCAGCCCCAAGGCAUACAAGCAAGAUUGAGUGUUUUAAGUGUGGUGGUCAUGGGCAUAAGCAAGCUGAAUGUCCCAAUCGUCGUACGAUUAUUGCCCUUGCUAAUGGUUCAUAUGAUUCACAAAGUGAAGAGGAGGACGAGUUUCACAAUGUCUUUGCAGAUCAUACUCUUGACACUUGUGAGUAUUCAGCUGAGGAUGGUACUUUUGAGCUAGGUCUGAAUUGUUUAGCUAUUCAACGUAUUCUAACUUUUACUCCCAGUGACAUGAUAGAAGAUGUUAUUUCUCCAUAUUCUAAUGAGAUUACUAGUGCUGAUUUUGAUGAGUUGCUUGCUGAUUUUCCUGAUUUGGAGCCUUCUAAAAUGAAUAGAUCGUCUCCUUAUUUGGUGGUUAGAAGAGUUCUUUCCACUCAGUUUGUUGCUGCUGAACAAGGACAACGUCAUAAUUUGUUUCAGUCCCGAUGCAAAGUGAAAGGUCAAGUGUGUCGUUUCAUCAUAGAUGGUGGGAGCUGCAAUAAUAUUGUUAGUGCCUUGCUUGUUGAGAAGCUUGGCCUACCAACACGCCGCCAUCCACACCCUUACCAUAUGCAGUGGCUGAAUAAUUCAGGGACAGUGAAGGUCUCAUCCAUGUUUGAUGUGGAUUCGGUGCACUUUGGGCGGUCUAACAAGUAUACUUUCAUCCACAACGACAAGAAGGUGGUUCUUGUUCCAUUAUCUCCAGAAGAGAUCUAUGCUUCAGAUGUGGCUCGCAUGAAAAAAGAAGAAUCUGACAAAAGAAAAUUGAGUGAGGCUGCCAACACUAGUAAGGGAGAGACUUCUAACCAAUCUAGCCACAUAAAGCCUCUUUCCACUACAAAACAACACCACCAAAAUGAGUGCUUAUUUGUGAGCAGGAGUGAUUUGAGAGAAGUGAGGAACACCACAGCCCCAUUCUUUGUGCUCUUGCACAAGGAGGUCCUACUUUCAACUAACGAUUUACCUUCAUCGCUGCCUAGUGCUGUUCUUGAUCUCUUACAGGACUUUGAAGAUGUUUUUCCUGAUGAGGUACCAGCUGGCCUUCCUCCACUCCGUGGUAUUGAGCAUCAAAUCGAUUUGGUACCUGGAGCUUCUCUUCCCAAUCGUCCAGCCUACCGUGCUAAUCCUGAAGAAACCAAAGAAAUUCAGCGACAGGUAAAAGAGCUUUUGGACAAAGGGUAUGUUCGUGAAUCUUUAUCACCUUGUGCUGUUCCAGUACUUUUGGUCCCUAAGAAAGAUGGAUCUUGGCGCAUGUGUGUCGAUUGUCGUGCCAUUAAUGCUAUAACUGUACGAUAUCGCCAUCCCAUUCCUAGGCUUGAUGACAUGUUAGAUGAAUUGAGCGGCUCAACUAUUUUCACCAAGAUUGAUUUACGCAGUGGCUAUCACCAAAUUCGCAUGAAAAUUGGUGAUGAAUGGAAGACAGCAUUUACAACCAAAUUUGGCUUGUAUGAAUGGCUUGUGAUGCCCUUUGGCUUGACAAAUGCUCCUUCAACUUUUAUGCGCUUAAUGAAUCAUGUUUUACGAGCUUUCAUUGGCAAGUUUGUAGUUGUUUAUUUUGAUGAUAUUCUGAUCUAUAGCAAAUCAUUUGAUGAACAUCUUGAUCAUAUCCAUCAAGUACUUGCUGUUUUGAGGGAAGAGAAAUUGUAUGCCAACAUUGCUAAGUGCACAUUUUGCACAGAUCGUGUUGUUUUUCUUGGUUUUGUUGUGACUGCAGAUGGCAUCCAGGUUGAUGAAGAGAAGGUUAAGGCAAUAAAGGAUUGGCCUACUCCUACAAAUGUGAGCCAGAAGGAUGUUCCAUUCAAAUGGGGGGAUGACCAAGAGCAAGCCUUUGUAGAGUUAAAAAGAAAGCUUUGUGAAGCACCACUGCUGCAGCUACCUAACUUCGGUAAGACUUUUGAGAUUGAAUGUGAUGCAAGUGGUAUUGGCAUUGGAGGUGCGCUACUUCAAGAAGGUAAACCUAUUGCCUACUUUUCUGAAAAGUUAAAUGGUCCACAUCUGAAUUAUUCUGUCUAUGAUAAAGAGCUUUAUGCCUUAGUUCGAGUUUUGGAAGUUUGGCAACAUUAUUUGUUACCUAAAGAAUUUGUCAUCCAUUCUGAUCAUGAAGCUUUGAAAUAUUUAAAAAGUCAAGGCAAACUGAAUCGUAGACAUGCUAAAUGGAUCGAGUUCAUAGAAACAUUUCCGUAUGUUGUUAAACAUAAGCGUGUUCUUUUACAGGAAGCACAUGCUGGUGGCUUAGCUGGUCAUUCCACAACAAAUUUUUGUCCAUUUGAAAUUGUUUAUGGUUUUAAGCCACAUACUCCCAUGGAUCUUUUGCCUUUACCAUUACAGGAACAAGUUAACUUGGAUGCAGCGAAGAGAUCCUACUUGAUCAAGAAGCUACAUGAUGAGACAAGAAGAAAUAUUGAGAAGAAAUCAGCACAAUAUGCAAAGCAAGCGAACAAAGGUAAGAAGAAGGUUACAUUUCAGCCCGGUGACCUCGUGUGGUUGCAUCUACGCAAGGAUCGAUUUCCCCAACAACGUAAGAGUAAGUUAUCACCUAGAGGUGAUGGUCCAUUCAAGGUUCUAAAAAAGAUAAAUGAUAAUGCAUACAAAAUUGAGCUGCCACCUGAAUAUUCCAAUUUGAGGACGACUCCUUCUCAAGAGGGGGAGGCUGAUGAGGACAUCCCUAGCAUUCAUUCAUCUUCAAAUGAAACUCCACUUGAUAUAAGUGGUCCAAUUACAAGAAGUGAUGACCGGAUGCCUGCUUUUAAGCAAGGCCGACCAGCUCCUAAGAUAGGAGAUAGUGACCGGUGCUCGGUGUACGUGUCGCUGGCACCCGGUAUGGACCAUCCUUCAGGGGUGGACCCACCGGCAGACAAUGUUGCUCGGUGUCUCCAAUACACCAGCAGCGAAGAAGACCAGAGCCAACCAACACCGACCACUGAAGAUAGGGUGGCGGGGAAAAGGCCAAUGGCUAUGGAGCCAUCCCCCACGGAGGCAAUGCCGGCGGAGACCAGCCAGGCCCCGAAGCAUCGCCGGCUCGUGAGGAUCGCCGACGACAAGGACGAAGAGGACGAGGCUGCUCCAUAUUUGGUUCGAAGACCACGCAGCCGCCCUGACGUCGCGCCGAUCGACGCUGAUGUUGAUCCAAGCAACAUAGGCGGCUUGAGAACAACCGAGCCGACCGUUGCUGACAAGGAUGCCGCUGAGCAGACUACUCAUGAGCGGCCCGUGGAGCAGCCCGCGGUUGUGUCCGUGGCAGGGACCACCGAGGAGGACCCGGCUCGAGAUAGGGCUGGGGCGAGUACCCCGACAAGGGGUGAUGAGAUGGAGAGGACGCCUCCCCCGAGUAGCGUUGCGGAGGAGGGAGACAAGGUCGCGACCCCCCCUCCUGCUGAAGAAGAGAGGGCCCCGACUCCAGUCCUAGUAGAAGCUUCCACACCAGAGGGCUGCCCUAGCCGAGGUAAGGGUCCGAUGAUACCCGUUACUAUGGCUGGGGGUAGCAGGGAGGGCGCCGAGGGCCAAGCGGCCUCUGAUGAUGAAGUGGAGGAGAUCCAGGGGCAUCCCCACGAUGGUCGCCAACAUGUUUACGUGUGGCACCAGCGUGGGGACCACUGGGCUGGCCACGAAGAGCUCGCCGAGACCGAGGAGGCGACGAGGGUAGAGUGCGCUGCUAAGCGGCUCGUUGAUGAAGUAAAGUUUUCUUUUCCUCUUGUUUAUACUGAUUGUUUGCUUGGUUUUCUUGAAAACUCUGUCAUAGUGCUUAAAGUCAACACUAAAAAGCACCUCGAUGAGCUGGUCAAGGAACGGGACUCCUAG